GGAGACACUUUCGGCGGGCAUUUUGUCGGCGCUUUUCUCUGUGUGUUUGUGUGUGUGUGUGUCUGAGGCCGGUGUCCGCGCUCGGGGUCUCGCUUCUCGGGGGACGGUUGUCGGCGGCCACUCUCCUUCGAAAACUUCUCAUGGGUUUAGAGGCUUUGGACCGUUGCCCAAGGGAAAUACCAUGACGGCAGCUUUGGAAAACUUGUCAAAAGAUGUUUUCAAUUUGAAUCAAAAUAAUCAAAUGAAGAAUGAUUCUGGUAAAGAAAAUGAAGGUGGUUACAAACUUUCAAAUAGUGACUGUAAGAAUAUAAAGGUAAACGCCAAACUAAUUAUCUGAAAACUGAUGAACAGGUUAUGCAAAGAAAAACCUGAGAAUCAUUUGCAACGGAGAUUAAAAUGGAUAUUGACAGACUCUAUGCAGUAGUGCCUCAGCUAUCCAAACUUUUUUUCAUCGAGGAUAAAAUUGGUGAAGGUACAUUCAGUUCUGUUUAUUUGGCCACUGCUCAGUUGAAGUCGGGAAUAGUGGAGAAGUUUGCACUUAAACAUCUAAUUCCCACGAGCCAUCCAGUGCGAAUUGCUGCUGAACUUCAAUGUCUGACAGUUGCUGGGGGUCACGACAAUGUAAUGGGAGUUAAGUACUGCUUAAGGAAGGAUGAUCAUGUGGUUAUUGUCAUGCCAUAUCUAGAACACGAGUCCUUUUUGGAUCUUCUGAGCUCUAUGAAGUUGGAAGAUGUACGGGAGUAUAUGUAUAACUUACUAAAAGCCUUGAGACGCAUUCACCACUUUGGCAUCAUUCAUCGUGACAUCAAGCCAAGCAACUUCCUGUACAAUGGGCGUCUGAAAAAGUAUGCAUUAGUGGACUUUGGUUUAGCCCAGGGUACACCUGACACUAAAAUAGAACUCCUUAAAGUUGUAAAGACCGAGGACCAACAGGGAAGUUGCUCAAAGAAUAAACCAAUGACGAGCUCCGGAAAUAAGGUUCCUAACGCCGCAACAAUGAAUAAACCUUUGGCUCAAUACCUUGCUGGCAAACAGCCCAUUAAAAGGCCCUGGCCCCUUUCUCAAGCUAAACAUGGAAAGGGAGAUUCAUUAGUUCCACGUUCUGUAUUUGGGGAAAGAAAUUUGAAUGUUCGUAGCACUGGAGUUCUUGAAAGUACGAGUAGUAAGUUGGUGAAACCUGCAAAGAAUGCAGAUAUAACAUCCAGAAAAAUAAUAGUGGCAAAACGUAAGAUAACAUCAUCAAAGGGUACGACAAGUGGUUUAGGCCGGAGGCCUGCCAUCUGUCCAUCAGACCUGACUUGUGAUUGUUACAUGACAGAUAGGAUUUGCAGUGUUUGUCUCUCAAGACGCCAGCAAGUUGCCCCAAGAGCAGGUACUCCAGGAUUCAGAGCACCAGAAGUCUUAAUGAAGUGCCCACAUCAGACUUCAGCCAUUGACAUGUGGUCCGCAGGCGUCGUCUUUCUCUCCUUGUUGAGUGCCCGAUACCCAUUUUUCAAAGCCAGUGAUGAUUUAACUGCUUUGGCACAGAUCAUGACUAUACGUGGAACGAAGGAAACCAUUCAGGCUGCUAAAUCAUUUGGUAAAGCUGUAUCAUGUAGCAAGGAAUGUCCAAAAUUGGAUUUGAGGACUCUGUGUGAAAGACUCCGUGGAACAGACUGCUCAAGUAAAAGAAAAUCAAACCAAAAGAAUGAGCCAAAGGAGUGUUCACGUAUCACUGGCUGUGUGCCAGGUCCAGAUAUAAAGGAUGAUGAAAAGAAGGAAAAGACUGAUUCCUUGACAUACAAACAAGAGCUUCACAGCCAGCCAAGAAAGGUCAAGCAGGAUAUUCGGUGGGACUCUGACUUCAAAAGCACAGCUAGAUCAUCAGAUAUGAAAAGCUGGAAUAGAGUUCCAGACUUAGCAUAUGACCUUCUAGACAAGCUUUUGGAUUUGAACCCGGCAACUAGGUUAACUGCGGAAAAGGCUUUGAAGCAUCCAUUCUUUGAAGGCAUAUAACUCAUUGGGAUAUCAAGUGAGGCAUGUUGCAUGUGUGGGAUAAUCACAAAAAUACAUGAUUUUUUUUAGUGACAGGUGCUUAUUUCAGUGGAUUUUGUUGACAUUCAUUCAGAAUUUUAUACCAAAGCAAGUUAAUCAGCCAAACUCCUCUUUCAAUCCAGCCAUGGAAUUUUGUUUUUUCCCACAUGUUCUUGACCACUGCCACUCCCUGACACCCAUUCUCCAAUCUGUUUAAUGGCUAAACUGCCUCAUAAAUAAAUGUGCAAAUCUAGGGAUUUUAUUAUAAAUAACUUUAUAUUCCUUCCUAACACUUAACUGUGCUGUGCAGUAAUCCACACACAAGCAAAAUAGGCAGGACAUCGGCUCAUCUCAACCAUGCUACCAUAGAGCCCACCACCUGGAUUGAUGGAUCCUGCACAUGUCUGUGCAACAGUGGUUGAAGCCAACUUCAAGACUGCACCUUGGGUGUGAAAUUCAUCUCGUCAGUUAUUUUAAUGAGAAAGUCAAUGUGAAUUUUUAAAAACAACUGGAGGAAUCGCACUCAUCGGAACUUGUGUACUUUCAGUUAUGGCACCCUGUGCAUUGUAUUAUCCAGAAUUUUUUUGUUUUUCUUUCUGUUUAUGCCCGUUCAAAGUAGUCAUUUUUUUUUAAAAAAAUGAUGUGGCGGUCUUGCCUACCUCAGUUGCCAUGGUAUUUGUCAAGCACAUUCUUUAGUCACAUCAGUUAUUGGCUCCAAUAACGUUUAUUGAAAGCAGCAGCGACUUAAUCUGACACACAGUAAAAUGCAGGAUGAAAUGGACAGUUUGGUAACUUGGGGUUGCAGAAGGAAGAUCCAAGUAAAUGCUCGUCUAUUUCUCAACCUUUGGCACUUGCCUUUGUCUCAGAUUUUAGGAGCAUUCUAAAGAUUUUUGUGCAAUUAAUUACCUUGUAUUUUUUUGGUUGUGUCACUUCCAUUUUAUAAGUUUUUUUGAGAUUUUGGUUUGUAGUAUUGAUAAAAACUUAGCUGCCAAAACUGUUUUUAUAAUUUUAUUCCAGACAUCUGGCAAAACAUUAAAAUAUAUGAAAACGUU